AAAAAGCCAAAUCCACCAAAGUCACCAGCCAUCCAUUUCCUCAUCUCGAAAAUCUUCAUCUUCUUCAUCUGCGAAUCUCAAUCGAUCUUCCCUCAAUUUUAACAACCAUGAGUGACCAGGGAGAGAAGACUUGUCCACUAUGUGCUGAAGAGAUGGAUCUCACUGAUCAGCAAUUGAAGCCUUGCAAAUGUGGCUAUCAGAUAUGUGUUUGGUGCUGGCAUCACAUAGUGGACAUGGCAGAGAAAGAUCAAAUAGAAGGGCGUUGUCCAGCUUGUCGCACUCCUUAUGACAAAGAGAAGGUUGUAGGGAUGACUGUUAAUUGCGACAGUCUGGCCUCUGAAGGCAACAUGGAGCGAAAGAAGGUUCAAAAGUCAAAAUCAAAAACUUCUGAUGGGAGAAAGCAACUCACCAGUGUGCGAGUCAUCCAAAGGAAUCUUGUUUACAUUGUCGGGUUGCCCCUUAAUCUAGCAGAUGAAGAUCUACUCCAUCAUAAAGAAUAUUUUGGUCAGUAUGGAAAAGUUCUGAAGGUUUCCAUGUCCCGAACAGCAACUGGUGUCAUCCAACAAUUUCCAAACAAUACAUGCAGUGUAUAUAUUACUUAUGCAAAAGAAGAAGAAGCUGUCCGUUGCAUUCAGGCUGUUCAUGGGUUUACAUUGGAUGGUAAAUCACUGAAGGCAUGUUUUGGGACAACUAAAUAUUGUCAUGCAUGGCUGAGAAAUGCGGCAUGCGUUAAUCCUGAUUGUCUCUAUUUGCACGAAGUUGGUUCUCAAGAGGACAGUUUCACAAAAGAUGAGAUCAUAUCUGCUCAUACACGGAGUAGAGUUCAACAAAUCACUGGAGCAACAAAUCUUCUGCAGCACCGUUCAGGGAGCAUGCUACCUCCACCACUGGAUGCUUUUUGCAGUGAAAGUUCUUCUGCAAAACCGAUUGUAAAUGUUCCAUCGAGUAAUGCAACAAAUGUUCCUAGGUAUUCUCCACCUAGUGGGAGUGGGAGCGGGAGCUCUAGCAGAUCCACUGCUCUUCCUGCUGGAGCGUCAUGGGGUUCACAUAUUGCAAACCAGCAGCCUUUAGCAACUUCGGUUACCCCAAAUGGAUCUUCUGAAAUACAAAGAACAACGUCAGUAAACGGUACAUUAGCCUUUUCUGCUGUUGUUGCAAACGCAGCUCAUGGUCCUGUAUCCACUAGCGACGUUCUUAAAAGACCAUCGCGCAAAGAAGAAAGCCAAAUAGUUGCUGACAAAAGCAAGCCUAAGGUGUUGAAGCCUUUGGAGCACAAUGCUGUUGUUGAUUCUGGGUCUAAAAGAACUACCUCACCUGAUAGGGAUCCUCCGAGCAACCGGUUAUCCAGUUCAAUAGACUCUUCCGACAAUGGCAGAGACCUUGGCAAGCCUUCAGCUACUGUAAACUCAUCUGACGAUACAGAUGAAGCUAUAGAAGAUGACCUUACUGUAAGCAACUUGUCUGCUGUUGUUUCACAAAUGGAGAUAACUACGAAUUUGAGGAAUGAACUCACUAAUAUUGCAAUGGCGAUUGGUAGUAAGUGUGAUCAAGGUUCUAUUAGACAGCCUGGUCAUGAAGUAUCAAAGUCGCCACAUUUAGAGCAAUGUAGGGUGGAUACCACAAACACUGAUGAAAAAGCUAUUCCAUCAGAGAUUGAGGUUCCCUGCACAAAGCCCGAGUGGGAUUGGAGAUCAGAUUUGCAAUCCCAGAUGCAAGUUAGUUCAAAAUGGGAUGUAGAGGGUAGAUCAUCGUUAGAUAGCCAGCGGCAUCACCCUGAAGAAGAUAUCUUACUCUCUCGGUUUUUGUCUAAUUCUUCAAGUUCCAUUUUGGAUUCAAAUCGUUUCGCUUCUUGUUCUUCUCUGCCUAGCGAACACUCAGGUGUGAACGAUUCAAAUACGAGGUUCUCUUCAGAUAAGGACAGUGAUAGAUUGCAUCUUCCAAACAGAUAUGGUGAGAAAUCCAUGUUCAGUGUUGAGCACUCUCUGUUUGCUAAUGAUGGCAGGAACAAGGUUCGCAACGGAGAGGAUGAUAUAAUACCAAACAUUUUGGGACUUGACUUCGAUCCAUGGGAUGAAUCCGUAACAACACCAAACAAUUUGGCAGACUUACUGGGUGAAGUUGAUCAGCGAUCUAAUACUCUUAAACCUUCGAACCUCCUGAAGCAAAAUAACAGCCAGUCCAGAUUUUCUUUUGCGCGGUAUGAAGAAUCUAGUAAUCAAGGAUUUGUCAGGGAGAACAGUAGCAUUUAUGGGCAGUUUUCAAGAGAACAGCCUCUUCCGGAGUCUGUGGUGAAUCGAGAUAUCUAUCGGGAUAAUCAGGGGAGUCUUAAUGGAUUUGCUUCAAAUCACUCUGGUGGGCUAGAAAGCUUUGCUGCUAGUUCUUUAUACUCUUCGUACAAGGCUCCAGUUUCACGUCCCCAAGUUUCUGCACCUCCAGGAUUUUCUGCUCCCAGCAGGUUGCCUCCUCCUGGCUUUUCUCAACAUGAAAGAGUGGGGCUAUCUUCAGAUACCGCGACAGGAACUCGUUUUCUUGACAAUGCCUCUUUUAUGAGGAAUGCAUACCAAGCACAACCUCCGAUUGGUAAUUCAAGUGGUGUAGGUGAUAUUGAGUUUGCGGAUCCUGCAAUUCUAGCUGUUGGAAGAGGGAUGAUUAACACAGACUUGGAUAUGAGAUCAGGUUUCUCAUCACAAAUGAAUUCCUUUGGGAACGAAGCAGGACACCAAAUGUUGAGACAGCAGUCUCUGUCUGCGACACAACAACAGGUCAAUGGGUUUCAUCAUGACCUAAGAAACUUAUCUCCUGCACCUUCCGAUCCGUAUGGAUUUAGUUCAAGGCUCAUGGAUCACCAUCAGACACAAGGAAGUAGCUUAUCUCAUUUCUCACAGCUCCAAAGACAACAACCCUCUGCAAAUCCAGUCUUGUCUAAUGGUCACUGGGAUAAUAAGUGGAAUGAAGGCCAAAGUUUGAACUCUAUAGGCAUGGCUGAGCUUCUUAGGAACGAACGGAUGGGAUUCAAUGGGAGCCUAUACAACAACGGGUAUGAAGAACCCAAAUUCCGGAUUCCAAGUCCAAGUCCGGGAAAUGCGUAUAAUAGAACAUAUGGGAUGUAAUUUUGGCGUGAAGAGAGGUUUUCUGCUUUGUUGGAUUUUUGCUCUGGUUGUUCCCAAGUGGUCAGAAGAAUCAUACUCAAAAAAACUGCUUCCGCCGCUGCGCAUAUUGAAGAUGCAUGGCUCCAGCAUAGAUUCACCAGGAGCAUUGUUGAACUUUGAAGGAGCCGAAGUCGUUGAUGUUUGGGUGUCUUGAUAGAUUUGAUUUGUGCAGAUUGGUUUGAGAUUUCUGGCAAAAAGUUGAUGUAUGUUUGCGAAAUUGAUUUGCAAUUUCUUAUUCAGAAUUGUAAAUCAAUUUAGUUCUGAAACAGUAGUGCUUUUUAUAAAAUAAACAUUUUAUACAACACGUUGUCGAAGCAGAACAUAAUAAAAAAAAACUUUUGUU